AUGCCUAAGCCAAUUUGUGUACAAUGUGGUGCCAAUGAUUCUUUACUGUGGCGAAGCGCAGAGAACGGUCAGAUAUGUAACGAAUGCCACCUAGCCAAUACCACAAAUAAAGAAGCAAAGUUAGAGACCUCACACGCUAAAUCGGAUACUGAUGAUAAAAAAGAAGAUAAAGAGGACGUUGAAACAAAGAAUGGAAAGAGUGAAAUCGAAUCUACUCCUGCUAAAGCUACAGGAAAGGGAACCAGGAAAAGUACAAGAACUACCAGGUACAAGACCAAAACUCCGGCCCCUGCACAGUCUAAACCUCCCGCACCUCGUGGAAGAGGUCGUAGAAGUAUUUUUAAGCGACCGCCUCUUAAAGCUCCAACAGCUACUGCAACUGUAGUGACAAGUGAUUCCAUAUUCUUUAAGGGUAGCUACAUGCAAGUGGGGGAUAUUGUAUCAAUGAUUGAUGUAGAAGGUGGCACAUACUAUGCACAGAUCCGUGGAUUUCUCACAGAUCAAUAUUGCGAAAAGAGUGCUGUAGUUACCUGGUUACUACCUACUAAGGCAAGCCCACCUCCGGAACAGGGCUUUGAUCCAGCUACCUAUAUAAUUGGUCCAGAAGAAGACUUGCCGCGUAAAUUGGAAUACAUGGAAUUUGUAAUGCAUGCUCCAUCUGAUUAUUACAAAGCUAGCAACACUCCAUACCCUCCAACAGACGCAGAGAUCAAUAAUUGCAAUGGAUUUAUAUGGACAUCAUUAGAACCUAAAGAAAGAUGU